GCUUGACUGCUGGUGGAUUUUUGUCUGACUUGAGAACAUUUCUCUGGAUCAAAGAUUUCAGAUUGCUUGCUAUUUAUCAAAAACUUUAUCAGAAUGAGUUUAUCAAAAACGUUUGUUAUUACCCAUCAGCCUAGAACCCAGGCGACUCCUCUGCUUGACACUAGCAACUCUGUCAGCAAAAGUUCGGUCAACAAUGUAAUCGAUGAACCUGUCUUACCAGAGGGUUCACAGAAAGCAAAUAAUACCGAGAAUGUCAGUCAACUACCCCAGAGAAGAACCCGAGGGAAAAAAGAGGAACAGCAAAAUGUGCUAAUAGUCGAGAGAAUUGCUAAGCAAAAACUGCAAGACCGUUUUUGGUUAAUUUACGUGAACGAUGACAACACAGCGUCUGUAAUAAGCGUUCUCCACAGUGGAAUACAAAUGAGCUAUUCUGAAAGACAGUGCGCUGACCUUAUGACUGAAAUUGAGGUGAAAGUUGGUACCGAAACUUACUCUGCAUCAAUUCGAGCCAUUGGAGGCGAAACUUAUUGUAACAAUUGCUUGGCGGAACUGUCGGCAUUUAUGGUUGAGUGGGCAGAUCUAGGACUGCCAGGAGUUCCGAAUCAAUGUUUUGUCGAGCAGCAAGAUGAAAACCCUGAUAAAGAGAAUGCCCAUCAAAUGCUUGACGAAAGUAACAUCGAAAACAUAGAUGAAGAAGUUCUCAAUUUGACACCUGAAGAUGUGUCUUCAUACUUCGGAAAAAGUGACAUUACACGAAGUCCCUUGGCUAGCACGGUUAACACAGCUAAUAGAACUCUGCCACUCCUGAAUAACUCAGGAAAUAUUAAACGAAAAACAUCAACUCCUUAUGCACUGCCAAAACCGAAGAAGAAUUUGAUCAGUUAUGAACAAGCUGGAAAAGGUGUCACAGUCAUUCAGUCGACUGAUCAGAAUGGAGCACAACAAGGAUUAUCAAAAGUUGUGGUUCAGCUUCAGGAAACUGUUGGGUGUUUACAGUCAACAACCCAAAAGUUAACUACUGCUACAACAGUUUUGUGCAAAAGCCUAGACACUUUGGUUUCGCGAAAUCUAGAAGAGAUGACAAAACUGGCCAAGGUUAUGAAACAAGUGGGUGACUCACAAGAACGUAUGGGUUUUUUGAAUCAACAAGCCCCCGAUGAGCUUGAUAACUUGCAAAAAAUAGAGCAUAAUGGAAUAAAUCUUGUAAGUGUGAAAGGAUCAACGCCGAACUUAUGGGGUCGUGCAGUUGCAAGAGUUCUGUUCAGUGACAAAGAACUCGAGGACUAUGUUCUGGAGCCAGGGCGAAUUGACCGGAAUACUCGAGCUGAGUUUCCGUCCCCAACUAGAAUUGAUAAAUUGAAAACUGCAUGUGGAGUUCGCUGGUCUAUGUGUAACCGACCGCAAGUUGCCUUUCAUCAAAUGAAAGAAGGUUUCAACGCAGUUGGGGUUGAGAACAAAUCCAAGCGAGCUUUGUUCGCAAGAAAGCAGGAAAUUGAAGGAAAUAAAAGCAUGUGAUCAUUUGGUGCUAUAACGCAUGUGCAUUUUAUUUAAUUUUGAGCAAAAUUAAAUUCCUCAGGCUUCUCCAAAAAGUUGCAGAUAAUUGUU